AUGACAAUGCUCUGCACCCUGAGCAUCCUCCUGAGCCUCCUGGUCCCAGCUCACACCAUCAAGUCACCCGACUGUGGUGGCAUCCUCACCCCAGGACUGAAAUACCUUGCUGAAGUUUCAAAGCCACACGCAGAGUCGGUCCUCAGGCAGGACCUCAUGGCCUCGCCAACCCCAGACCCAUCUCCCACCUCCCCAAGCAGGAACCAAAUUAACUCCGUCAAAGUUGACGAGUUUUCCCUGACGCUCGUCCCCGACACCGGGAUGCGGCUGAGCAUCGAUGUGGACCUCGGCAUCACAUCUGCCCCCUCGACCACCAAGGAGAUGCAACUGUCCAUCCUGGCAGACCUCCAUGUGGAGAUGAACCCUGAAGGGAACCUGGAGCUGGUGACCUCUGCCUGCAAACCCACCCUGGAGGAGCUGCAGAGCACCGAGGAGAUGGACAGCACUUCCUCAGGAUCAGAUGUGGAAAAGCAGAUCAAUGUCGAAAAGAUUUGCCUGGAAGUCUCCAAACUGCUGCUUUUCCCAAACGAACGUCUGAUGUCUCUGGCAGCUCCUUUCCCCAUCACACCCAGCUGCCAGGUCCGCUACGUGCCCCUGGCUGCCCCCAUGUACUCCGAGCAGGGAAUCAUCGUCUCCUUGCAAACAACUUUCCAGGUGUCAGGGACAGCGAUCCCCCUGCCAGUCAGCCCUGUGCCCUUCAGCAUGCCUGAGCCAGCAAGCUCCAGCCCUUCCCACCUCACCCUGGCUUUCUCUGAGCACUUCUACACCAGCCUCUUCUUUGCCCUGGAAAUGUCUGGGGCCUUCAACACGACCAUCCUGAGCCCACUGACCACUGCCACCCUGGCAGGGAAGAUCACUCAGAUGGGCUCCCUCUUCCAAGAGGACCUACCAGUAGUGCUGCAAGUUGCGACCCGGAGUUCGCCCCGCGUGGUGCUGGAGGAAGGCAAAGCAAUCCUGAAGCUCUUCCUGACUGCCCAGAUCGGAGCAGUAUCAUCAGUUUUCCAGAGCUUCCUGAGUGUGAACGUGGACGUGUCUGCACGGCUCCACCUCAGGGUCACGGACACAAGGAUGAUAAUCUCUGCAGCAGCGAUAGAGGAUAUCGAGCUCAGCCUGGCUGCCUCUGACGUGGGUCCUGUGCUGGCUGCCUUGCUGGAGGAGUUAUUCUUGCCCACGAUCCGUGAGGAGGUGCCAGCCCAGAUUAACGUGGUCCUGAGAGGAGGUGUUUUCCUGCCCCACAUCGCCAGUUUCACCUACACUGAUGUCAAUGUCACAAUUCACAGGGACUACGUCUUGAUCCCCUGCAACCUCCAGCUAGAGGCAAGGACUGGUGAGGCAACCACCUGGGCUGAAGUCUGGUAUCUGGAGUAA